AUGCGUUUAUCUAGGAACAAUAUAGUUGAAGAUGAAAUUAAUAACAUGUCCACUGAGUUAAACAAUCAGAAUUUAUUUCGGUCCCGACCAUUCGACGUGGUGAUCGCCGAGGCUUUCCGGUCGGAUUGCGUGUCGUACGCGGCUACCGUUCUUCGCGUUCCCGUCAUAUACGUCGUCCCUUCGCCAAUCGUCACGCACGUGGAGCGUUCGUUCUUCGGUCACGUCCCAAACCCCGCGGCCGUCUCCAACUUGUUGUCACGACGCGGCGUACCAAAAACGUUCGGUGAACGUUUCACCAAUACGCUGCGUAUGAUUUCCAGUUCGUGGCUGGUUUGGACCAACGAACGGAGGCUCCGGAAAUCCGACCCGCGACCGUUUGACGCUAUGGACCGGGUCAGACCGUCGUUGACUUUCACCAACACGCACUUCAUCACCGAACCUUCUAGGCCACUGACACCGGACAUCGUACAAAUCGGCGGCAUACAUCUAACUCCACCAGGACCGAUACCAAAGGACAUUUUGGAAUUCAUUGACGACGCGCCUAACGGAGUGAUUUACUUCACGUUCGGUACGGUGGUUUCGAUGGCAUCGUUACCGGAAAAUGUACUGAAAGUGUUAAAAGAGGCAAUCGCUCAGGUUCCGCAAAAGGUUUUGUGGAAAUACGAAGGUGAAAUGGCAGAAAAACCGAAGAACGUGAUGACGCGGAAAUGGUUUCCACAACGCGAUAUACUUUUGCAUACUAAUGUGAAACUGUUUAUCAGCCAUGGAGGUAUAUCUGGAGUAUACGAAGCUGUAGACGCAGGUGCGCCCUUACUAGGAUUUCCGAUUAACUACGAUCAACCGAGAAAUAUUGACAAUCUGGUCGACGCCGGAAUGGCGAUCUCUAUGGAUCUUUUUUCUGUAACUAAAGACACGGUUUUUAACGCCAUUUCGGAGAUUGUCAACAACGACAGGUACCAACAAAACGCUAAAAUAGCUUCUGAUCGAUUCAAAGACCAGCCCAUUUCACCAGCGGUGUCGGUGGUCUACUAGACUGAGUACGUUUUGCGUCAUAACAGAGCACCUAGUUUAAUAUCUCACGCUCUGAAUCUAACGUGGUAUCAAUAUUUUUUAGUUGAAAUAAUUAGCACAUUUUUGUUCAUUGGGUUUGUCCUUUUUUUCAUAAUCUAUUAUGGCCUAAAAAUUAUUUGUAAACAUAGUUUGUUCUCAACUUGUUUUUCCAGUGUCAACGCAAAACUAGAAUAAAAUUA